AUGUCAGCCGUUAACUCUUCGUUUGAGUUGGUGAAAUGUUUCUUUCAAUGGCUUGUUAGUGGAUUUUCUGGUACACCCACAUUGCUCAGCCCGCCUCGAGCUCAAGGACAUGAAGCGGAAAUGUGUUGUCAAAUGUUUUGCAAAAGGCUACGGGCACGUAGGAAGGCACUCGAGAUUCAUCGUGCUUCACCGCCAGUUGCACACGCCAAUGAUGAUGUGUUUGGCGCCCUUUCCAGGCCACUGAAGAUGAAAUGGAAUGCAGCAGCAAUCGAGGAAGACCAUGGGACGGUGGUCUCUAUAUCCUGUAAGAAUUGCAACCAGAGUUUCCCCAACAGCUAUACGUAUCGAAGCCACGUGGAUCAUUGUAAACUUGGAACCAAUAAAAAUAAAUUGAAGCGCAUUUCGCCCAUCACAACUAUGAGGAACCGGGACCCGCUCCCGGACAUCGCGGCCAGGAGGAUGCUUUGCGUCCAUUGCGAGGAAGGCUUCACUUCGAAGGAGGCCAUUGAACGUCAUCACUUGAAGCACCACGCAAUCUGCUUGCGCUUUGGUGACCUUUGCUACACGGCGAGCACGAGACGUUUUGUGUGUCGCGAUCCUUCCAGCUCCAGCUGCGGUUACAUGGAGUUUAACGGAUGGCAGAAACUAAUCAGCCACUACAGAACACAACAUGGGGAACCUGCUGUGCAAACGAGGCGUGUGUUACUUGAGGGCAACGUCUCCGCCGUUACUCAACUCAUGCAGUCCCAACCGAGAAUCGUUUUCCCGCGAACGGAUCUAUCUGCCCCCGGCAAUAUAGCGGAAGCCAAAGAAAUCGACAUUCGAUCGGCAAUUUCCCGUUAUCGUGCCGCGCAAUACUCAUCCGGAUCUGCUGUUGCCAGUAGCUCUGCAUCUUUUGAGGAUCAUUCCGUUCGGCCGCACGAAAUACAGGAUGAAGCCUUCGAUUCUCCGCUCGACGAUUUCUUCGUGCCGGAAAACAGCGUCUCUUUCACCCCUAUAGACCAGACACCAAUCGUCGGCCGCAGUCGGCAUUCACGGCACCACGACAAUCCAUCGCCUGCCAGGCGGAUUUUGGAUCAAUCCGGCCUCCGCAGCCGAGCCUAUCGACAAACCGAUUCCGAGGCGGCAAUCAAAUGGGACUCCGAAUUCUGGGAGCAAAGUAGCACGGUCGAAAUUGGCCCGAACGAGCAUCCGUGCGUCCGGGAACUUCUGGCCCUAUCCCGCGAAAUGGCAGAUGAAGAGAACAUGACACUUGAU